AUGUACACGAAUGAGAUGGAGGGAAAAAUUCAAAUUUCAGAAACGACUAAUUUGCUUCAAAGGAUCAAAGAAUUUACUCGAUCGAUCCUUGAAGAUCUGGCUGAGGGACGAUCUCCGAAGAUUUCAAUCAAUCGAUUUAGGAACUAUUGCAUGAAUCCAGAAGCGGAUUGCUUUUGCAGCUCUGAUGAACCCAAGGGUCAGGAAAUUAUCACCCUUAAGAAGGAAUCCCAAACCUACAGAAUCGAUGUGUUGCUAAGAGUAUUGUUGAUAGUCCAACAACUUCUUCAAGAAAAUAGGCAUGGAUCGAAAAGAGAUAUCUACUACAUGCACCCAUCAGCUUUUAAAGCGCAGUCAGUUGUAGACCGUGCAAUUGCUGAUAUAUGCAUCCUUUUUCAGUGUAGUCGGUACAACUUGAAUGUGGUUUCCGUUGGAAACGGGUGGGUACUCUUGAUGACCUUACAGUGCCUCUGUCAUGAGGCAUGUCCUUGUUUUGGGUUUUGCCUCAUCAUUCUUUUGUGGUGUAGGUUGGUGAUGGGCUGGUUAAAGUUUAGAGAAGCCGGAAGGAAGUUUGAUUGUUUAAACAGCCUGAAUACUGCAUUUCCGGUUCCUGUUCUUGUAGAAGAAGUCGAAGAUGUUGUUAGCUUAGCAGAGUACAUAUUGGUGGUGGAGAAAGAAACAGUGUUCCAGCGUUUAGCAAAUGACAUGUUUUGCAAGACGAACCGCUGCAUCGUUAUCACAGGAAGAGGCUAUCCUGAUGUCUCGACAAGAAGAUUCUUGCGACUCCUCAUGGAGAAGUUGCAUCUACCUGUGCAUUGUCUAGUCGACUGUGAUCCAUAUGGCUUUGAGAUUUUAGCCACAUACCGUUUUGGCUCCAUGCAAAUGGCCUAUGAUAUAGAAUCAUUACGAGCACCAGAUAUAAAAUGGUUGGGAGCUUUUCCUUCAGACUCUGAGACAUACGGUGUUCCCCAACAGUGUCUUUUGCCUUUGACAGAAGAAGAUAAGAAAAGAACUGAAGCAAUGUUACUUAGAUGUUACCUAAAGCGUGAAAUGCCACAAUGGAGGUUGGAACUUGAAACGAUGCUGCAAAGAGGAGUAAAGUUUGAGAUCGAGGCACUCUCAGUUCACUCACUGUCCUUUUUGACAGAGGUUUAUAUUCCUUCUAAGAUUCACCCUGAGGUAAUUAGAGCUUCAUACGAGUCUCCAACGCAAGGUCUUCCAUGA